AUGUCAACCGAAUUGAAACCCUCUAACCUUCAUCCUCACUCCAAAUCCGCUUUUUUUCAAACAAGCAAAAUGCAGAAGAAUAUAGCAAGCGAAAAAGGAUAUCAAGUAUUGAAGACAGAGAAUUAUGAAUAUGUAACAGAAAGUAAACCGCCCAAAGACUCAAAGAAAAAGCCUUCAGUUUCUUUUGCUCAAAAUCAAGAUGAAAAGAAAGUGUUGAGGGAAAACAAAUGCAAAUCAAGCACAAAAUCUAGAAUGUGUUUUUGCUCACCAACAACUCAUGAAGGCUCCUUCAGGUGUAGACUUCAUCGAAUCAAUGCACCAAAGAAAUCAGGAACGGAGAAGAAAACCAGUGUGAGUUGUUCCAAGUUUGCACAUGGGAUAGUUGAGUUUAAGCCUCAACUUUCAAGGUUUGGGAGAGUUGCUUCUGCUGAAUUUGGAUCACAUGAUAGCUUAAUCCAACUUUCUAGGUUGGGUUCUUCUUAA